AUGCCCUCUCCGUGCUUCCUGGAUGGCGCCUCUUCAUUCGGAGAUCACAUGAUCUACAAGCUGCCUGUCCACGUUUGGUACAAGGAGUCAAAUGAUGGCGGCAACAUCCGGUCAACUGUAUCCCGAGACGAAUGUCUUCUGGUGAUGGAAACAUCUUUAAGUAUUCUCAGCGGUCCAGAUUAUUUGUUGUCGUUUGGAGUUUACGAGAAUAUUACUGGAGGUACCGUACCGUCUUCAGCCUUCGACGUCCCGUCGUCCUGUCCUCAAAAUGGCCCGGUGUACUUUGGUUCACCGACCCCCGUCCGGCCGUGGUAUCUUCCAGCUGACAUCCUUGCAAGACGAUGA